AAGAGACUCAGCGGCUCGGAAAGCUCAGAGAAACGCAGAUAUAUCCGGGGAGAGCGGUCCGGAGGACGGGCUUCGAGGCGAUGAGGACCCCGGUGAGGGACGGAGCGCGCCCGCGGCACCGGACACGGAUGUGGGCUUAAAGCCGGAGCUGUGACCGCGGCGGUUUGUUUUCAUUGUGUGUUAGUGGCGCAGGAGAAAAGGAUGCGUCCGCGGACACACACGCUCCUCCUGCUCCUGUGUUUCCCGACACCAGCUGGCCUUUCUCUCCGCUCUGACGCCGAGGAGCGCGCUGCUUUCUGAGAGAGCCCGUCCACCAUGCUGCCCGCUCAGGAUCCAUGAAAACUCUCAGUGAAAACAAGGAGGAGGAGGAGGAGGGGUCCGGCUGCAGCGCCAUGGAGGACAAGGAGAACAAUCUGAAAACGGCCCGGCUGUGGAGGGAUGCCGCCCUCCGCUCCAGGAAGCUGCGGAGCAACCUGCGCCAGCUCACCCUCUGCUCCAAAAACAACCAGAUCACACUGCCGGAGGACAUAGCCGAGAUAGAGGUGCUCAAUCUGGGAAACAACUCCCUGCAGGAGCUGCCUGAGGGGCUGGGAUCCACCCUCAACAACCUGCGUAUCCUGGUCCUGCGCAGGAACAAGUUCACCACUGUCCCCUGGGUGGUGUUCGAGCUGGUGCAGCUGGUGGAGCUCGACCUGAGCCACAACUGCCUGAGAAGCCUCUCUGAGGGUGUGGGUCAGCUGAAGGGGCUGAAGAAGCUGUGCAUCAGUCACAACAAAAUCCAGAGUCUGCCGCUUCAGAUUGGAGCGCUGCAGGUUUUGGAGGAGCUCGACAUCAGCUUCAACGACCUCCACGAUCUCCCCGGGUCUUUCUCCAGCCUCGCCAGGUUGCGGACUCUGGAUGCAGAUCACAACAAGCUGAACCAGUUCCCCCCUGAGAUCCUGAACCUCGGUGAGCUGGAGGAACUCGACUGCUCCGGGAACAAGUUCGAAACGUUGCCGGCCGACAUCAUGAAGCUGCAGUCCAUUAAAAUCCUGUGGCUCAGCAGUCUUCACGUGUCCACCUUACCUGACGCUUUCUGUCACCUGCACAACCUGGAGAGCCUGAUGCUGGACGGGAACAAGCUCACGGUGCUGCCGCCAUCUUUUGGAAACCUGCAGAGACUCAAAAUGAUCAAUUUGUCCUCUAACGAGUUUGAGAACUUUCCCCAGGUUAUUUUAAGCAUCACGGGAUUAGAGGAACUUUACCUGAGCAGGAAUAAACUGACUCACAUUCCUGAGGAAGUAGGUCGGCUGGUGAAGCUGGUGAAUCUUUGGCUGGACAAUAACAGCAUCACAUAUCUGCCUGAUUCGAUCGUGGAGCUGGAGAAGUUGGAGGAGCUUGUUUUACAGGGUAACCAAAUAGCCAUACUCCCAGAUCAUUUUGGGAAGCUGUCCAAAGUAAACAUAUGGAAGGUGAAGGAUAACCCCCUCAUCCAGCCCCCGUACGAGGUGUGUAUGAAGGGCAUCCCUUACAUCGCGGCCUAUCAGAAGGAGCUCGCACAUUCCCAGCUUGCUGUGAAGCCGCGGCUGAAGCUGGUGCUGAUGGGAAUGAAAAACGCCGGGAAAACCUGGCUCCGGCAGAGCGUGGUGAGCAGCCAGCAGGACGCUCCAGGAAUCCAGGGAAGCAAAGGAAUUGAAGUCACUAACUGGGUGGCAGACGCCGACCGCUGUCUCACGUUUCUAGUUUAUGAUUUAUCAGGGAAGCAAAACUACGACCUCAUCAAACCCUUCUUCCUGUCCCCCGGUGCUCUCUACAUUCUCACCGUCAAUCUCAAAACAUAUUCACACAAGAACUUUUAUGCCCACGUCGGGUAUUUCCUCCACCUCCUCAGUGCCAAAGUACCCCACGCUGUUGUGUGUUUAGUGGGCACACAUGCAGACUUGUGUGCAGAGGUGGAGCUGGAGGAGAAGAGUCUGGACAUUCACAGACAGAUCGGCCUCCAGGAGAAGAGGGACAUCCAGAUCCUGAGGAGCCUGGCUCUGCUGGUGGACCAGGCUCUGGAGCAGGGCUACAACGUCCGCACCUCCAGCCCUCACGUCAACUUCUACGGCGUCUCAGACAGGAACCUGAGGCGGAGGAAAGCCCAGCUGCAGUACAUGCUGAACCACAGGCUGCAGAUCCUGUCUCCUGUCCUGAGCGUCAGCUGCACAGAGACACAGAGGAACAUCCAGAGGCUGAGGGAGAAGCUCAUGUCUGUUGCAGACCACAGGGACAUCUUCCCCAACCUCCACCGUGUGCUGCCGAAGUCCUGGCAGAUGCUGGAGGAGUUGCACUUUAAGCCCAAAGACUUGUGGCUCUCGUGGUGGGACUCGGCACGUCUGGGCCUCCAGGCGGGGCUCACGGAGGACCGGCUGCAGAGCGCCUUAUCCUACCUGCACGAGAGUGGGAAGCUGCUGUACUUUGAAGACAGCUUCACUCUGAAGGAGUAUGUUUUUCACAACCUACCACGGUUCAUUGCAAUUCUUAACGUCUUCUUCCAGAGGGACGAGUCCACACUGUUGGACCGGCUCUUGUCAGAGGGGGAGAGAGGCGACAAGGGGAGGGUGAGUCUGGUUAUAGAGGACGAGAAGGGAGAGAACCUCAGGGUGAGCCAUCUGCAGCACCACGUGGAGGGCUUCCUCCAGCACGGCCUGCUACCCUCGAACGUCAUCCGUCUGCUCCUCAGGCCGCUCAUCCAGACGCAGCAGGACCUGCACCUCAUCAUGGAGCUUCUGGAGAAGAUGGGCAUCUGCUACUGCAUCAACAAGCCCCGCACCAAGCCCCUGAACGGGGCCACAGCGUGGUACAAGUUCCCCAGCUACGUCAGUAGCCAAGAGCCCCGUGUUGAGGCUCCGGCCAGCGGGAGCUCUCUGCCUCAGUGUCACUUCCUCUCUGUGGAGCAGCUGCACAUCCAGUACAGUUUCCCUUUCCUGUUUCCUCCUGGACUGUUCGCUCGCUUCAGCGUGCAGAUCAACAGCCACGUGGUCCAGAGGUCGGACGGCAGGGACCAGAUCUGCGCCUACCGGGGCAAAGUCCCCGUGGUGAUCAGCCACCGGCCCUCCAAAGGGGGACGGGCAGAGACUCUGUCCAUCGCCAGUCACGCCUCGCUGCCCAACAUCUGGACGGCCUGGCAGGCCGUGACGCCGCUGGUGGAGGAGCUGAACGUGCUGCUGCAGGAGUGGCCCGGCCUGCACUACUCUGUUCACAUUCUCUGUUCCAAGUGCCUGAAGAGAGGGUCGUCCAGCCCGCACGCCUUCCCAGGUGAGCUGCUGAGCCAGCCGCGGCCCGAGGGUCUGACUGAGAUCAUCUGUCCAAAGAACGGCUCAGAGCGGGUCGACGUGGCUCUGGUUUACCCCCCGACUCCCACCGUGGUCAGCCCCUGUCUCAAAUGACCCACACCGCACCCCCCCACCCCCCCACAGGUCUGGACCGGACUCCUGGCCCGGCUCGUCUCACUCGUCCACCUCCACUCCUGACUGACUCUGCUACAACCCCCCCAACCCCCCAGCCUGUGCCCCGCCCCCCCACACAGCCUCAGGCUGCGUCUCACUGGUGUCACGUGAACACGUCACUGCUUCAUAUGCUGAUCGUCCCUGAUCCAGGUCCUGGUCCUGAUCCUGGUCCUGGUCCUGACGUCUCAUCACACUGAACUGUAUCUGAGGAGCCUGGACUGAUCCACACAGUCACAGACCGUUGUCCUCCUCUCAGCUCCUUGUGGACAGAGGAGACAAAGACGUGUUCAGGUGGAGGAGAAUUAGAAAAAUGAACUGAGACUGUUUCUGUGUCAUCAGUUAUCUGAGGUUUAAGAUUUAAACCAGGUUUAAACUUCAGUCGAACUAAACUAAAUCACCUGAACGUCGUGUAUCUGACGGUGAAACAGCAGGAACUGAUCAGAAUUUAGGCAAAACUGUUCGACUAUGAUUCUCCUGUUUAUUACACUGAUGACAGUGUGUGUGUGUGUGUGUGUGUGCGUGUGUGUGUGUGCGUGUGUGUGUGUGUGUGUGUGUUCAUCUGGACUGAGCGACUGAAGGAUAAACUCCUCAGGUUGUUCUCUGGUUUUCAGACUCUGUCCAGCAGCCAGUGAAACGCUGAACCAGUCAGAUGUUCAGUGUCACAGAAACAGCCUCAUGUCACAGGACAGGGUCCAUGUCCACCUGUCCAACACAGGGCGGCGGUCUCAGCACAGACCCACUCUUCAGAUGUGUCCACGCAGUAAAGACAGUAGAAACGUGAUCUUUUAUGCCACGGGUGUCAGAGUCCAGUGGGAUCUGUACAGAUGUCUCUCUGCACUGUCUCUGACCCAGGGGUGUCAAACCUGUCCACAAAGGGCCGGUGUGGCUGCAGGUUUUUGUUCCAACCAAUGAAGAGCACACAGUUUGACCAAUCAACUGUCUGAAGACUGAGAUCAGUUGAUUA